AUGAAGAUGAAUAACGAGAGUGUAGGAGGUGAUUUCAUACUGGUGGGUUUCUCUGAUCAUCCACAACUUGAGAAGAUACUCUUUGUAGUUGUGCUGAUCUCUUACCUCCUGACGCUGGUAGGCAACACAGCAAUCAUCCUGGUUUCCUAUCUAGAUUCAAUGCUCCACACACCCAUGUACUAUUUUCUUACCAAUCUCUCCUUUGUUAACCUCUGCUUUACUACCAGUAUUGUUCCCCAGUUGCUGUGGAACCUUCAUGGUCCAGCCAAGACAAUUACUCCCAUAGGCUGUGCCAUUCAACUCUAUGUGUCUCUGGCACUGGGAUCCACUGAAUGUGUUCUCCUGGCUGUCAUGGCAUUUGAUCGUUAUGCCGCAGUUUGCAGGCCACUCCAUUAUGCCACAGUUAUGCACCCUCGACUUUGCCAGUUUCUUGCAGGAAUGGCAUGGUUGAGUGGAGUGGGCAACACAUUGAUCCAGGGGACCAUCACCCUUCACCUUCCUCAUUGUGGGAAUCAUAGGAUUUAUCACUUCAUUUGUGAAGUGCCUGCCAUGAUCAAGUUGGCCUGUGUGGACAUUCAUGCCAAUGAAGUCCAGCUCUUCGUGGCUUCCUUGGUACUUCUCCUCCUCCCCCUGGCACUUAUCCUGGUCUCAUAUGGAUACAUUGCUCAAGCAGUGAUUAGAAUCAGGUCAGCUGAAGCCUGGCACAGAGCUCUUGGAACUUGUGGGUCCCACCUGUUUGUAGUAUCCCUUUUCUAUGGCACCAUCACAGCUGUCUAUAUCCAGCCCAACAGCUCCUAUGCCCACAGCCAAGGAAAGUUCAUCACCCUUUUGUACACCGUGGUAAUUCCCACUCUAAAUCCUUUCAUUUACACUCUGAGAAACAAAGAUGUGAAGGGAGCUUUGAAACGGCUGCUGAGAAGAGCACAGGAGAGUGAGAAGUUCUCCUGA